AUGGAUGCACUGUCAGAAGCAAACGGCACCUUUGCCUUGACCCUUCUGAAAAAGCUGGGUGAAGACAACUCAAGAAAUGUGUUUUUCUCACCGCUAAGCAUAUCCUCUGCCCUGGCCAUGGUCCUCAUGGGGGCCAGGGGCAACACCGCAGCCCAGAUGUCCCAGAUGCUCUCUCUAAGCACGAGCAGUGGCGGAGGUGAAGAUGUCCACCAGGGUUUUCAGAACCUUCUCAGUGAAGUUAACAGGCCCGGCACACAGUACUUGCUCAGAACCGCCAACAGGCUCUUUGGAGAGAAGACUUACGAUUUCCUCUCGUCUUUCAAAGAUGCCUGCCGCAUAUUCUACCAAGCAGAGAUGGCAGAGCUGGACUUUGUCAGCGCUACGGAGGAAUCCAGGAAGCACAUAAACACCUGGGUAGCCGAGAAGACAGAAGGUAAAAUUAGAGAUUUGCUCGCUGCAAAUUCAGUUGACCCCAUGACUCGUCUGGUUCUCGUGAAUGCCGUCUCCUUCAAAGGAAUUUGGGAUGAACAGUUUAACCAAGGGCGCACCAUGCAAAAGCCAUUCAAAGUCAGCAAGGAUGUAGAGAAAACUUUGCAAAUGAUGUUCAUGAAGUCCACCUUUAAAAUGACCUACAUUGGAGAGAUAAGCACCCAGAUUCUGGUGCUUCCCUAUGUCGGCCAAGAGAUGAACAUGGUCAUCCUGCUGCCCAGUGAAAGCACUGACUUGAACACGGUGGAGAAGGCCCUGACCUACGAGAAAUUUGUCGCAUGGACGAAGCUGGACAUGCUGGCUGAGACGGAGAUGCUGCUGUUCCUGCCCCGGUUAACUCUGGAGGACAGUUACGACAUGGAGGGCAUCCUCCAGAAACUGGGCAUGACUGACGCCUUCAACGGGGCCUGCGCCAACUUCUCAGGGAUGUCAUCCGACCAAGGCUUGCACCUGUCCAAGGUUGUGCACAAGUGCUUCGUGGAGAUCAAUGAGGAGGGCACGGAGGCCACGGCCGCCACAGAGGCCAGGUUUACACCUGACAGCCUGAGCGUCGGACAGCAGUUCUUAGCUGAUCGCCCCUUCCUCUUCUUCAUCCAGCAUGGCAAGACUGGGGCCAUCCUGUUCUGCGGCCGCUUCUGCUCACCGUGA